AUGACAAGGCCUAACACUCAUAAAAAAAACAUUUAUUUCAAGACAAACUUGAAACAGAUUUUUCAAAAAUAUAUUUGCAUUGUUGAAGCAGCUUCUAAAGUAUUUGGUGCUAAAAGAAUACUUGUAUAUGCUGAAAAAUUGGAGUGCCAUAUUCAUCAUAAUUAUUUGAUGAGAGAGAAGAAAUUAAAUUUAGAUAUAAAUAUGUUUAAAAUGCUAACUAUAUUGAAGUUGUGUAACUAUUCAUAUUAUAACAAUUAUGUUUUAAUGUGUAUGAUGUGUUAUGAAAACAAAACGGAAACUCGCUCAAAAGCAUAUUAUGGUGGAAAAACUGUUGAACAAUCUUUUUUGCUAUUUAAGAUUUUUAUACUGCAAUAUAUUUCUCAUAAAAAUAUACUUUUGCACUCGUGUAGCUCUAUUAAAAAA